AUGGCGUCAUUCGUUAUUCAACCGCCGGACGCCUUCGACUUUUCGUCGCCGAACGAGUGGCCGAAGUGGAAACAGCGUUUUGAACGUUUCCGAACCUCUUCAGGCUUGUGCGUGAAGCCCGAGCAACGUCAAGUAGACGCCCUACUCUACAUCAUGGGUGAGCAAGCCGAGGAAAUCUACGCCACCUUCGCUUUAUCUGAAGAGAGCUCCAAGAAAUUCGACGCCGUCGUGGAGCAGUUAGACAAGUAUUUUAUUCCGCGACGCAACGUAAUCUUCGAACGAGCCAGAUUCAACACCAGACUGCAACAAGAUGGUGAGUCGGCCGAAGAUUUCGUCACUGCGCUUCACACGCUUUCGAAAGAUUGCGAGUUCGGUGCUCUUCGAGAGGAGUUCGUGCGCGACCGCCUCGUGGUUGGGAUAAAAGACAAGCAGCUAUCCGCCAGGUUACAGCUCGACGCAGAGCUCACACUACAAAAGGCUCUCGAUUCCGUCCUCCAGAUCGAGAGUGUCCGUCAGCAACAAGCGGAGCUCCACCAGGAAACACUCAAGGACAGGCCGCUUCUAUCAGCUCCUCCUCGUCAGAUGCAUGGCCCAGAUGGAAAGCUUCUUACAGCAGCAGGAGUGGCACAACUCCAGCUCAUCUACCGCAACCACGCGACUACUCAGGAUAUAUACGUCCUAGAUCAGAUCUGCACUCAGUUGCUAGGCAAGCCAGCCAUCAAAAAGCUACAGAUGCUGACCUUCGUAAACGCCGUUGCCGACAAAGUCAACCCGAAAGAAGAAUUUCGAGCGGUGUUCCAAGGACUCGGCAAGCUGCUCAAAGAACACAGGAUUCAGCUUCAACCAGGAGCAAAAGCUUUCGCACUCAGCUCCCCGAGGCGCAUCCCAAUUCCAUUGUACGAGAAGACAAAGUUGGAACUUCAAAGGAUGCAGACACUCGGUGUCAUAUCACCUGUUGAUGAGCCGACCGAGUGGUGUGCACCAAUGGUUGUCGUGCCAAAGCCCUCCGGAGACGUGAGAAUAUGCGUCGACUUUACAGAGCUGAACCGCCACGUUCUCAGAGAAUGGCAUCCUAUUCCUUCCGUGGAGCACACUCUCGGACUUCUUCAUGGAGCUAAGGUGUUCUCCAAACUCGAUGCCAACUCUGGAUUUUGGCAAAUUCCACUUUGUGAAGAAUCAAGGCAACUCACCUCCUUCAUCUCACCUUUUGGGCGCUUCUACUUCAACCGACUACCAUUUGGCAUUGCGUGA